AUGUUUGAGAAUGCCCACAAUGUCGACAUUCACGGCGGGACAUUUACCAUGAACUUCGGUGAUGGCCAAAGGUCAGUCACCAAGGUAAAUCCUGACGGGAAGGUAUCGACCACACUUUAUACACGACAACAUUGGACAACUGGGGCAUCGCAGUCGUGCACGCCAGCAGGCCCUAGCCUUUACGACUCGUACGACCCCUGCAGUGGAGCCUACCAGCAAGCGCCACCCUGGACUAGCCCUGCAAACGCUUUCUCUGCCCAAGCGCCAACGAACGACGUCAGGAUUUAUGGAGACGGAUCUAACGGUAGACGCAGUGGAGUCGACGAGAAGACCAUAAAGAGCAAGAACCCUUUUCAGCGAUACAGCGACGUAGACUCCAGCCGCCCCAGGUCCCCGCCGCCUACAUUCGAAGAAGCCUUCGGCGAUGACGAGCCUGAGUCUCCCGUCGACCAGCAAGGAGCGUCUAGCAACGAUGCAGCAGGGCACAAUCAAGACUUCACCAAGUCACGUUUUACGUUCGAAGAUGCCUACGGUCCGGGAGUUUCUGACAGUGAGGUCCCUCUCCACCAACAAUGGUCAUCUUCAAGUUCAACGGCCCCGUCGGUGCCAACGGAUCGCUGGGAAAACACAGGCACCAACUUCCCCCCAGACCGUGCUGGUUGGGAGGGACCAUCGAGAACAUCGGUCAAGGUCCUUGGAUCCAAUGGGAGGCUACUAUACUCGGGAAGUGUCCCACCUGGGAGCGAGUUUGACCCGCUGACAGUCCAAGGCGGCAACUGGACUAGUGAGGAGAGACGUCAUUUUUCUCAAAUUAUGCAUAAUGCGCGGGAGGUUACCCAGAGGGCUAAUGAAGUAAGCGAGAUGGCUAUUGCAGUAAGUGAGAGGGCAAUGGCAAUACAUGGGCAUUGGCAUUGA